AUGAAGCCCCUGCCUGCAAUGCGAUCCCAUCAUGCACUGCUUCUGGCAUGGAUGGCUGCCUGGGCGACCAUGCCGCAGAGUGUCUUCACCGCCAUCAAGCGCCCAGCGAAUCUUCCUGCAUCUUAUGUGUCUCCGACAAGUCAUGGUUUCCGACGGCCACGCAAAGCUGCGACAAAGCUCUUUCUCUCAGGGUUCAGUUUGGGCCUUGUAGCCUGCGCUGCCGGUAGCCAUCGCCUGCGGCGACAGAAGUUUUGUAGAUCCAGUGCCAGGCAGUCGGUCGGAACAUCACUAGACCCAAGCUUUGGGUUGAAGCAGGAUCAGAAAGGUCGUCGGCUGGGCACUUCGAAACUUACUGGCUUCGAGGAGUUCAUGGCCCAGUUGGUGGGGGCGCCCGAAGGACCUGUGCAUCUGGACGAGGCCAAGUACCGGGCCCACGUUUUGGACGCGCAGGAGCAGAUGAAAACACUGGCGAGGUCUUCAGAGCCUUUCACCUUGGACCAGUUUGGCAAUGCGGGCUCCAUCUAUGGCAUCGGCAGGCGAGAGUAUCAGAAGCAACACGGCCGACUGAACCUUUCACGCCUUUGCGGCAUCAUUUCUUUCGACUCUGCGGCACGGACGGUCACAACAGGAGCAAAGACGGAUUUCAAGACCCUCACCCGAUUCUUGCUGGAUCGCGGCUUUAUCGUUCCCGUCGUCCCAGAGGUGGACACCGUCACAGUCGGAGGGGCCAUCUCGGGAAUUGUCAUGGAGGCCGCGAGUUUCCGACACGGCUUCGUGCACAACACUGUGCAGAGCAUGGAGGUGCUGCUGCCAGAUGGUAGCGUGGUUCUCUGCAGCCGCGAGGACAAUGCUGAGCUUUUCAAUGCGAUUCCCCAUUCAUAUGGCACUUUCGGAUACGUGCUGAGCGCGACCAUGCUGGUGGUGCCUGCUCAGACUGAGGUGAUGGUUAGGAUCCAGGAGCUCCCAACACCCAGAGAUGCUGUGGAUGGCAUUGCCAAAGCUGCCCGCGAUCCUGCAGUAGAUUUCGUCGAAGGCAUCAUCUUCGGAGAAGACCGUGCCUUGACGAUGACUGCCUCCAUGUGUGCACCGGAGUCGCUCGAAUCGAAUUUGCCUACCGUCGUAUUGCCAGACGAUGGCAGGUACAUCGAUGUGGUGUGCAGGCAUUUAGAUGAGAGCAGAGCAAACUGGCAUUCUAAGAACGUGUCCUGCAGUUUCCGCAUGUCAACCUUCGAUUUCUUGUAUCGCUGGGACUGCGACAUCUUCUGGGCCACCCGGCGAACGAAUUUCCUUGGCGUCCCUGCGGUGCGAGAAGCCCUUGGCCGAGCAUGCUUGCGGUCGAAGGUGCUGUGGCCUGUUGGGACAUUUCUGCGUGGGACGAAGGAAAUGCUCGCUCAGUUCGCGUGGGACAUCUUUGGAGAGUCAGGGCAGCAGCUUGGCUUCAGCAAACCAACGGAGCGCAUCAUCCAGGAUUUGGGCGUCCUCUUCGAGCAGGUACCAGCUUUCGCCAAAGAUCUCGAAGCCCAUGGCGAGCUCCCCUUCUGGAUUUGUCCCAUCAAAUGUCGUGGCUUGGUCAACGAGCAACCUUUGUUUCCUCUUCCAAAGGAUGCUGACUAUGUGAUGGAUGUGGCCUGUUUCGGUGCGGUGCCUCAGGACAUGAAGAGCCGGGAUCCGCUGUUCCACAACCGGGGCAUCGAGCAAGUGUUGCAAAAGUAUGACGGCAUGAAGGCGUUCUACUCCGAUGUGCUAUACUCGCGGGAGUACCUCUACAACAAGUUCAAUGGACCUUUGUACGAUCGGCUGAAGGCCAAGUUCGACCCGCAUGGCGUGCUGCCACACAUCUUCGACAAGGAGCUAGUUGCAGCGAGAAGGCAUGAGAUCAAAGCACAGGGCUUGGUAGCAACAGCCAUAGUAGCUCUGAUGGAGCGCCAACGCUCGCUCAAAGCAGCAUUGGAAGACUGUGAAGCCUGGCUUCAGGCACUCGAGGUGCAGAAGGUCGAAGCUUCUAAGCAGGCUGCAAGCACCGUGCUCCCUCCGAGAUUCGUGCGGACUGUACAGCGACUCGAUCUGACGGACAAGGAGGUGAAAGCUCUAGAGCAUAUCUUGGUGCUGCAAUGUCUCCCUGAGUGGGUCCGAGAAGUGAAGUUCGUGAUGGAGCUGGCCGAGUAUACGAAGUUGAGCCCGAGCGAGUUGCUCCACUUUGCCGCCAAAAGCCGGAAGCACCGCAAGCAGGGGCUGAUCGCGGAGGUCUCCGUGGGUUUUUUGUCCUUGUCGGACGUGGACAGGAACGUCGAUGACGAACCGCGCGGCACACUGGCCUUGCUCAGCCCGGAGGCUGCAAAAGCUUUGACGGGCGGUGAGCUGUCAGUCGCGGAGCUCCUCAAAGUCGAUGAGUCCUCCGCCUUGGCGGAGGCUUUGCACGAGGAAGGCCUCACCACGCACCCUGCGGCCGAGAAAGAGGCUACCCAAACUGCAGAGACUGAGGAGCCCCCGCAGGAGUGCCAGGACGAGGCAGCUGCACGCGGGAAGAAGAGGCAGCGAGAGAUCGACCCAGAGGGCCAAGACACUCCCAUGGAGGCCUCUCCCGAGGAGGGCCAAGACGAGAAACCACAGCCGGAGUUCGACCUCUUUGACAUCAUUUCAGCAGAGCGUCGACGCGACGAGAAGCGGCUUGAGGCCAUGUCUGCCCCGCAAGGGGCGAAGGAGGACGACGGCGAGGAGAAAGAGCACACCGGCAAGCUGACUCCGUACAAGACCGACCUCGAGUACUUGGUGGAUGCUGUGGAGCUGGUUUCGCGGAAGGGGCGGCUCUACCAGGUGAAACAGAAGCUGGAAGAAAAGAAGACGGCAUCUGUGGAAGGCGAAGAGGAACAGGAGGAUGCCUUUGGGGCGCCCUGGCAGCGGCGCCACGACGCCACGAGGGAUCGGCGGAGAGCCCGGGAGUUCGAAGGCCAGGUGCGGCAGCUCACGCGCAAGAUCCAGGAGAGAUUACGCCUCACCCGCGCGACGACGGCGGAUCAACCCGAGUCCGUGGUUUGGGUGCCGCGCUUGGAGCGCAUCCUCUCUUCCAGGCAGAUGAACGAAUUCGAGAAAGAAGUGGUUAUUCUGCUCGUGGGCCUCAUUCUCCUGCCCCACAAGUUCUCCGUCAACGUGGGAGCGGGGGUCUACCACUGCCGAGGAGAGCCUGUGGACGUGGCGACCAUCCUCGCCUUCCUCUCCCCUGAUCUAGCGAGCCAGAUCUCGAACCGGAAGUCCUUCUACAAGGAUGCCGUGCUCGUCCGCGACCACAUCAUCCACGUCAGCACCAAGGGCGUGCAGGGAGAUUUGUCUUCCUGCCCUGUGGAAAUCGACCGUCGGAUGGUGGACUUUAUUGUUGGCCUGGACAGUGAAGUCCAUCACCUUGUGGAUGGUAGUCACCUCUAUUUGCCCCAGACAAAGAUGGAUGCGGUCGUGCUGCCUGAGGAGACCAAAACUCUGAUCACACGGACAGUUCGCAGUCUCGGCCUCUUCAAGAAAAGCAAGCAGCAGUUCAAGCUGGCGGAGACCAUCGCUUCCUCGGGCCUGGUCAUGCUGUUCUAUGGGGACUCUGGCACAGGGAAGACGAUGACGGCCAAUGCUAUCGCCAAUCUCCUGGGCAAGAAGCUGCUGCUGAUCAAUUUUCCGUCGCUUGGUGGUGAACAGGCUGCCGGCUUUGUGAGGAUGAUCUUCCGCGAGUCGAAGAUCAACGACGCCGUACUCUUCUUCGAUGAGUGCGAGUCGAUCUUCGAGUCAAGAGAUCGGUCGACACAGCGCGAUGUUAACAUGUUGCUGACGGAGCUGGAACGGCACGAUGGUAUGAUCAUCUUGGCGACAAACCGACCCUUCGAUCUGGAUGAAGCCAUGCAUCGACGCAUCACCUUGGCCAUCGAGUUUUCCAAGCCGGAUCAUGUACUUCGGCAGCACAUCUGGAAGUCCUUACUCCCUGCGAGCCUUCCUCUGGCGGACGACGUGGAUCUGGCCGCGCUCGCCAUGCGCUACGAGCUCUCUGGUGGUUUCAUCAAAAAUGCGAUCCUGACAGCCUUGAGCAUUGCCUGCGCACGGGCAGAACGCAGUGGGGCGUCAACGCAGCCCAACGACGUGCGCGUGACGCAGGAAGAUCUGGCCAAGGGAGCCCAGCUGCAGCUACGGGGCCGCCUGGCCAUGCGCAGCUUUGAACGUCGAAUUGUGCCCCGUAGCGGCCUGGAGUGCCUGGUUUGUGGGCCCAAGCUGCGGGCGAAACUCCAAGAGGUCAUCGAUUUUGAGAAAUCGAAGACCGUCCUCUACGGGCAGUGGGGUUUCGGGGGACGCACGGCCUUCAGUGGGGGCCAGCCGGAAAUCGGUUCUUGCGUGCUCUUCUAUGGGCCACCAGGAACUGGAAAGUCUCUGGCCGCGCAGGCCAUUGGCUUUGAGGUGGGCCGAGCACUGAAGGUCGUCAACGCUGCAAAUGUCGUGGACAAGUAUGUCGGGGAAACUGGCAAGAACAUCGAGAAGGUGUUUGCCGAAGCGCGAGCCAUGGAAGCCAUCCUUGUCUUCGACGAGGCAGAGGGCCUGUUUGGCAGACGCAACGCAGAUGCCUCCAGUAGUGUGGACAAGCACGCCAAUCUCGAUUCGGGUUUGUUGCUCUAUUGGCUGGAGCACUACCCAGGCCUGUGCAUCUUGACCACGAAUGCCAAAGACGCAAUUGAUUCGGCGUUCUUCCGCCGGUUCCGAUUCAUGGUCGAAUUUCCGCAGCCGGACCGGGCGACCAGAGCAAAGCUGUGGGAGUCCAGCCUGCCGAAGCAGGCUCCGCGGGCCUCGGAUGUCGACUUCCAGGCUCUAGCCUCGGAGUUCGAGAAGUUCGCCGGCGGCGACAUCCAGAAUGCCGUGAUCCGUGCCGCCUCAAGGGCUGCCCUGCGCCCCGACGACGGGAAGCGCUGGAUCUGCAUGGCGGACCUACGUGAAGCUGCUCGUACCGAGAGCAACAAGGCAGAUGAGUCCUUACAGAGACUCUACACCUGA